CUCAUUACUAUCAGGUUGAGAGUUGCAAGAAAUUACCUUAUCAUCACCAAUGGUCAUGAAAGCUAUUUGAGCAGAUUUUUCUUCUUCUUGAAGAUCACCAUCCGAGUUGCAAUUAUUUCAGGUAUUAUGGCAAGAGAAAAGCAAGUUGUCUAUUCAUUCUCUAGUAGUGAUGAAAUGGAGGUGAAUGAAGAUAUUGAAAAAAAUGAAGAAGAGAGGUCACAUUCACCCCAAUCGAUUAGAAAACAACAAAGGAAGGGCACUUCUCGUAGUGCCGAAACUGCCAUCUUUGAUAGUGCCAAGUUCACCAGUCUCAGGAAUCAAGAGUGGCACGAGGUGCAUGCUAAUUUGGAGUUUCUCUUUGAAAUGCAUGUGAGUUCGAAAAUUGAAGUGGUUUAUUGUAUAUCGGAAGCGUUUAACCAACUUGGUUGGGCGCCGAUUCUCACAUUGCCGACUCACUACUACCCUGACUUGAUUUGCGAGUUCUACGCCAAUAUUGACAACAAACCACGUCACAGUGGCAAGAUGGUGGAAUCAUGGGUGCGUGAGAGGGGCAUUAUUUUAUCACGUGAGUGCUUAGCUGCUAUUUUGGGUUGUAACAAUCAAGGUCGGGUGAUCGAUCUGAAAAAGGAUUUUGUAACGCCCAAUCGGUGGUGGGAUCCAUCGCACGCAUGAAUAGAUUUGAUCUUGAGUACCAACUUUUUAUAUCUUUAAGGAAGGAGACAAUGGUGGCAAGUGUUUUCGGACCUCAUUAUCGUCUCAUUAUCUAAUGAUGGCGCACAAUGUUAUAUCCAAAAAAAUGGGUCAUACGGAGGUCCGAAAAAGUGAUAUUUAUUUUCUUAAUUAUAUGAUCGAGAGUCCUCCUAUGCUCGAAUUCCAUUGCUGAACAUCAUUAUUAGCUACAUAAGAUCUACGGUGAGGUGGCAGACUAUUUCGUUCAAAUUGGCAUUUUAUCGUCUACUCUCUUUGGUGUUCGAGCAUCUAGACGUUAACUUGCAAGGGGUAUUUCGAAAAUUUGUUAAGUCUAGAACCGAGUUAUUGGUUUCUUCCUUUUUGUCGUCUGGGUAUUGGUACGGAGAAUAUUCUUCAGCCUACUCGAGAACGGAGACAAAAAACAUGUCAUGGUCGAGAGGAAGUCGGACCUUCUACUGCUGCACCUUCUCUUCCAUCACAGCAAUCAAAUUAGCAGCGGCUCUUUACUCGCCUGGACAAUAUCGAAUAUAGAUUGAGACGAAUGGAUACUCGCUUGGAGAGGAUUGAGUACCACUUGGGCAGUCCUUGACCUCAUGACGGCGAUAAAGAUGAAGAUGAAUCUGAUGAUUGAAAUUGCACCUCUAGGAUGGCUCUCAUUGUUGUUUCCUGAUUUUCUCUUGUCGUUUUUACUCUUUUGUUUGUAGGAUGUUUAACUUGCACUUUUCCUUUUACAUUUUAUUUUUUGUACAGUGUUAGUAGAUGUUUGUGUUUUGGCAAAAGUUCGUGAUUCAUAAUUGUUUUGAAUCUCAGCCAUUGCACUAGGGAGUACUUCUUUCUAUUUUUUGUGAUUUUUUCUUU